CACGCACACGCUGUAGUAUAGUAAAAUCAUCUUUCCUGCACUGACACUUCAUAAUGGCAUCAUUUGGUAGCGAUCCUUGGUUAACGGAGUAUGAAACAUGUCAACGUACAGGGCAGACGGUCAUGGAGAUGAUCAAUCAGAGGAAUGACCUUCAAAGAAAAGGCUCCAGUUAUUCAAAGAUAGAAGCAGAGAUUCGACUGGCACUGAGAAGGUUCACUAAGGACACAGAGACACUCAAAGGGAAACUGACAAAAGCAUCUUCAGCAUACCACUUCACCCAGAGGGAGGUGGACAGAAGGCUUGGUCUCCUGGAGAACCUCCACGCUAAGGACAUGAUCCUCAAUGAGGCCUUCAGAAAAGACAUCACAUACUCCGCCCCCGAGAGAACUAGACUUCUAGCACCUAAUACCUCUGGGUUUGGACAGGACACAUUUGACGAGCCAGAGGAAGUAAGAGGUCUUUCCAUAAAUGAAAUCAGAGAGCAACAACUCCUAGUCAUCCAAAAACAAGAUAAAGGGUUGGAGGCACUGGCUGAUGUUAUAUCCAGACAGAAGCAGAUGGGGCAGAGGAUAGGGACUGAGCUGGAUGAGCACAAUGAAAUCUUGGAUGACUUGUCCAGGCAUGUCGGUAGAACGGACGACCGCAUCUUGAAAGAGACCAAGCACAUACGAACAGUCACACAAAAGGCCAAAGAUUGCUCGUUCUAUAUCGUCAUGCUUCUACUUCUUAUUGCUAUUGUUGUUGUCAUCGCCAUCCCCAACUCCUAGUCACCCUCGCAGACAACGUAAAGAAGCCACACUGCUGUCAUCGUAGCGUCACACACAUGUCUAACAGGAUGUUAUAGUAUAAUACUGUAGCUGUUGGAAUCAAACAUUGGGCCUAUGGACAUGUCACGCUCAGGGGUCUAUACAGGGUGUCUCAAAAAAAGCUAAAUGCUUUUGUAAUGCUGCCGAAUAAAAAGUAUAUGAUUCUGGUGGAAGAGGUUUAUAUGUAUGGAUAGCUUAUGGAUUCAACUUUCAUAUAUGACACCAAACAAAGUCCGAAAAUAAUUCAUGAUUGGUUGAGCACUGCUCACUUUUGUAAAGGGUAUGAAAAUUAGGCUGUGCAGAAAUUAGGCUUCCAAUCUGUGAGAGCUUUGGAGCUUACAAAAUUCACUCCAAGAUGUCAGCUACAUGUACAUGUACUUGUUCUUCCAUGAGAAGUGCACCCAAGCAAGAAUUAUUUUUAGAGUUUUUGGUGUCAUAUGAAAGUUGAAUAUAUAAGCUGAACCUUUUCCCCCAGAAUCAUUUAUUUUUUAUUCGGCAGCCAUUUCAAAAGUGUAUAGUGUUUUGAGACACACAGUAGUGGUAAGAUAUCUGCUGUAGAAUACGUAGGUGGGUUUGAAUCCCACCUCUGUGUUGGUUCAAAUAAGACUUCAAGAAAAGCACUCAGUGCUUAUUACACAUUGGUGUAGGGUAAAAACUAUUAACUAAGGGUUCAAAUCAAAACCUUAGUGGUAUACGGUAUGCCUAGUUUUUUUUUUCUUCACACAAAUAUUUGGGGGAAGGUACAGUGUGAUCAAAAAUGAUCAUAAUUUGUUAUGAUUGUUUCUUUUGAGAAAUACAAUUCUAAGUUGAAUAUUGUUUUUGAUAAUAAGUAUUUCAAUACUAUUUUUGUAUAAAAAAAUUGAUAUCUGUAAAUAAAGAAUUAUACAUAGUAGAUGGGUUUAAUGUGGUAUACAUUUGUAAUUUGUAACUUAAAUUUUAUUUAUUUAUUUAGUUGUUAUUGUUUUUGUUUGGGGGGGGGGGAUAUACAAUUUUACCCCAAAAGAUAUUUGUAUUUAAUAUUUUGCAAGAAAUAGUAUUUGGCAAGCUUUGGGUAACAUCGUUGUAAACAUGGAAAUACCUAUGUUUAAUCAGAAAAGUGCAAUGAAACUUAUCAGAUCUCGCAAGAUGCCACCAAGUUAUAAGUGUGUAUACUGGAGACGAUGGCUAAAUGUGGGACCUACUAAUGUACAGCCUUUACCACACAUCGGCCAUCUUUAUCGUGUUCCUCAUGUAUGCAAUCACGAGCACAGCACUGAUCCUCAUACACAGUGAGGUAUCAGACUAUUAAGGCUCCCAGUCUCACCUAGGUUUUGGUUAAAAACACUCUCUAGUAAACCAAUAAAGACAUUCAUUCACUCAGCGUGGAAUAUACAUGUACAAUGUUUUAUUGUUUAAACAAGUCAAAGCAAAACCCCUCUCUGCUUUUACUAGGACCUCGGUCCAUUGAAUGAGAAUUUACAUCAUUCCAUUUUGCUAUAAACAAUAACAGGUAUUGUGAGCUGUUUAUUCAAAAACAAGAACACAGUUGCAAAAUGUCAUUGUAUUGUAUUUUAGAGCAGAGUAGACGUUCAACACAUAAAUAGCACUGUUCUCUAUUUGCAAAAUAGUCUUAAAAACUGGAUUCAUUUAUACACGUUGUAAUGUCAGAUGCAGUAAUCUGGGCUAAAGAUAGUUCCUGAAAAAACGCCAUCUUUACAAACAUUUGGGGUUUCUGUUGUAAGCUUUUGAGUUGCGUCAAGCGUUUUAAUCUUUCUAUGCAGCCAAAUGGUGCACUGAUAAAUCAUGCGCAGGAUUUGUCUAGAACUGAGGCCAAUUUUAUGGCUGUGCUUACCGCUGAAUUCUGAGCUUACAAUCACUGCUUGCAGGGCUAUUUCUGUGCUUAGGCUGAGUAAGCAAAGAAUGUCUACAUGAUGUAGUAACAUGGAGUACAUACGCAGUACGCUCGGGCAUAGGCCAAUAUUCCCUGCUAACCCAUGAAAUACGCUUGACAUCAGCACAGAAUUCCCUGCUUCCGAAAGCGUAAAACAAAUUCUUCUGAGCUGAAAUUGGGACCUGAUCUGGGCGUUUACACAUAACGCACAGUUUAGCAUUAACAUUUUGUUUCUAUCAUUGCUCAUAAAGAUGGCCUCAUAAAAGUAUAGGAACUACCUGUUGGAAUGUGUAACUAUUCAGACUUAAGAAUUUGUAUUAUAGCGAUAUCAGCAUGUACCUAAAAAUAGAAUGUUGGAUACCAUGGAUAUGCUCUCUGAAUUCAUGAACUAUUCCUAGAUACCAUUUAUACUCUUAUUUGUGAGAGCAGUACACAUUGAAGCAUAUUAUUAAAUAGAAAGCAGCACAGGGAGGCAUAACAUUGAGAAAUACACAUGGCGAUGACAACAUUUUAUCACAAUUUUUGUUGUAAAAAGCAUUUUGAAAAUCUGAAGAUUAAAGCAGACAUAUAUAUAUCCAAUGAACUUUUCUUUCUCUUUUUUUUCCGUUUGAAACAUUUUUUUAUACAAAAUACAUAAGUUCUAGAUAUUACUGGUUUAAAAUGUGAGUACAAAUUCAAUUGAAGUAUACUACCAAAUGAUUGGAAACCCUUGUAAACUCAUUUACUUCUGAGUGUCCUAUUGUUUGAAGCCUGUACAUAUAAUGAAUACAUCGUGUUGGUUCACUAAUUUAUCUAUAAACGUUAAUAGACGUUUAUUUUAUUCAUGAAUGACAGUGGACAUCCUUGUGUACAGUAUAUGGCUUUAUGUUGAAUACACUUUAUAAGUAAUAUUUGAAUACUAUAUUUUUUAAUCUGCAAAUUGCAGUGAGUUUAAUCAUUCAACUAAGCAUGUUUCAUCCAAAGGAAUUAGCCACUUUGCCAUAUACUUUAAUUAUUCUAAAUAACAGUUGAAGAAUUUGUAUCACCAUA